ACACAACUCUUCUACUCAUUCAUAUCAUUCACAUCUUUUCUACUCAUUCACAUCUCUUCUACUCUUCUAAAGUAAUUUAAAUUUUUUAUUCAAUGGGUUCUUCUUCUCAUUCACAUUUUAAUUUUGCAAAGGAUGAUGAUCCACUUUUUGAGUCCUAUUUUGCAAAUUUUUUUGAUAACCAUGAUAUUCAUGGACAACAUUUUGUGAAAAAGAAAAAGAAACGAGAAUUCAUUGAAAGAAACCGGGAAGAAGGCCACAACCGUUUGUGGAAUGAUUAUUUCAGUGAAUCUCCGACAUAUCCUCCCCAUGUAUUCCGACGACGUUUUAGAAUGAACAAGCCAUUAUUCUUGCGUAUUGUCGACCGUCUUACUGCAGAAGAUCCUUAUUUCCGACAAAGAAGAGACGCCACAGGAAGGCUUGGUCUUUCUCCGAUCCAAAAAUGUACUGCAGCAAUUAGGCUACUAGCAUAUGGUGGCGGGUGUGAUACGGUGGACGAAUAUGUCCGACUUGGUGAAACAACUGCUCGAAAAUGUUUGCAACAUUUUGUCAGUGGAGUUGUCAAUUUCUUUGGCGAUGAAUAUCUAAGAAGACCCACACCAGAGGAUCUUCAGAGAUUACUAUAUGUUGCAGAAGAACGUGGAUUUCCCGGGAUGGUUGGAAGCAUCGACUGUAUGCAUUGGGUUUGGAAGAAUUGCCCAACAGCUUGGAAAGGCAUGUAUACACGAGGAUCCGGCAAACCAACAAUUGUUUUAGAGGCGGUCGCGUCAUAUGAUCUCUGGAUAUGGCACGCGUUUUUUGGGUCUCCAGACGGUAUUUAUCCAAAAUGGCCAACGUUUAUUCAAUCCAUACCACUACCACAGACUCCAAAAGCAUCUUUAUUUGCUGACCGCCAAGAAAGCUACCGAAAAGAUGUUGAGCGUGCGUUCGGUGUCCUACAAGCUAGAUUCGCGGUCAUUAAAAAUCCAUGUCUUUUAUGGGAUAAAGACCAAGUGGGAUUGAUUAUGAGGGCGUGUAUCAUACUCCACAAUAUGAUUGUCGAAAAUGAACGAGAUGGAUACAGUCAAGCUGAGGUUUCUGAUUUCCCACAAGCAGAGGGUGUGGAUCUUUCAUAUUCUAUCAAUAUGAAUUCAAAUAUUAGCAACGUGUUGAAUGGUCAAAUAAUAAUCCGUGAUAGAGAAGUGCAUGACCAAUUGAAACUUGAUUUAAUUGAACAUUUGUGGACUAAAUUUGGAUAUUAAUUAUGUUUCAUGUUUUAAUUAAAUAUGUUUCUAUAUUUUAUUUCAUGGUGUGUUUUAUGUUUUUGU